AUGUAUCUCCUGGAAGAGCACAUAAAGGGAUGGGACGAUAAGAAUACCGAAUCGGCCCCAGAAAGCACUGUAGCAGUGGCAGUGGCUGUGGCAGUGGCCGUGGCAGUGGCCGUGGCAGUGGCAGGAGGAGCCGGCUACCGCCACAACGAGUUUGAGGACGCGCUCUAUCCAAGAUUCGAACUGCACCAUCGGGAAGUACAGCGAGGAGGAUUCUUUUCAAAUUUUAAAUGGUUUUGUAAAUUUACUUUGCGUUACUUUGAAAAAUAUUUAAUAAUCGCCGUGUCGCUGGUUGUAACGAAAUUUGUUGUGAUGCCCGCUUAUAGAGAAGUGAAGCUUUGGCUGACACCGAAACCAGUUGGAUGGGUCGAAUGGCUAUUCAAACAAAGUAUUGAGAUUUCGUGCUUCUCAAGAUGCUAAAAAGAAUGAAGAACAUAUAACAUAUAUAUGUCAGUGAUAAUAUUAAAUAAAUGUAUGAAAUUUA